GCCCCCAGCCUGAGAGCAGAAAAGAAGAACUUCUGUGCUGAGGAGUGAGGUGAAGGACAUCAGCGGAGUCAACAUUUGCUUCAAGUUCCUGGGGCUGCUAACAAUGUGCAAGACAUUGAUGGCACUUGGCAGAGGCUGUUUUGUCCUGGCCAUCCUGCUGGCAACUGUGGACAUCCAACCUGUUGGAUCCACACGUAUCUCCAGCUCAAUUUCCCAGAAAGGAAAGGAACUGAAUUUAAUCUGUACUGUGUGGCAUAAGAAAGAGGCUGAGGGGUUUGUAGUGUUCUUGUGCAAGGACAGGAUUAAGGACUGUUCCCCUGAGACCAGCUUGGAGCAGCUGAGACUUAAACCAGAUCCUGGGACAGAUGAUGCCAGUGAGAGAUCAUCUCAGUUGGUGUUCACCAUAAAUCAAGUCACGCCAUUGGACAAUGGGACCUACCAGUGUUGUGCCAGAAGCCAGAAGCCAGAUAUCCACCUUCAGGGCCAUUUUUUCUCCAUUUUAGUCACAGAGACAGGAAACUACACAGUGAUGGGACUGAAACACAGACAACACCCUGAGUUCAGCCAUAGAGACGGUGUUCCCAGUUCAGGCUUCCUGCAAGAAGAGGCCUGGGUGAUGCUGGUCACCAGCCUGGUGGCCCUUCAAGCUUUGUAAACCUUGUGCCAGAAGAAACCAGAAAAAAAGUUACAGCAAGAUAAAUCGUGACUCUCUUUAGCUUUGUAUCUUUCACAUUACAACAUACAGGGAAGAAAAAAACAAGGCACAGGGGAAAAGAUAUUAAAUAUGCAAGAAUCUGGGGAAUAUAAGGUGGGGCAAAUGAGCAUACUUGACCUUCCCUCCUCACUGCCACAGCAAACCUUUCUUUCGACCUCAGUCACCAGUAAAUAAAAAGACUAGCUUUAAUAAAAGUGGCUGGGAUACAGUUCUCACUCAAAUAUUGGAUAAGUAUAUGUGUUUUUGUACCCCAGUACAACUUUUCCUCCCCCCUACACACACACAACAUAGUAAAAUAAAUAAGCAAGCCAAACAAAAUCAGAACACCAUCUUUUUUUUUUUUGAAGAAAUGUUUAUUUAACACUGUAAAAGGAAGAGAGAGGGAACAAGCAAAGAUAGGUACAAGAGGAGAGGAAGAUAGCCAGACCCCACUGACUGGCUUGCACGAAAAUGAGGAAACCAAGAGAGAUCUUAGGGUUUGAGAUCUCUUGAACAUCCACACAGCACUGCUGGAGGAAGAUGACGUGUACAGAUCAGGUACACCACAGAUUAGAACUGUCUAGCUGCAACUAAGUUCCUGAUCCUAACCUGUCAACCUCUUUAAUCAUUUCUUUCCCUUUUUAAAUAAAUGCCCAUAAUAGUCUUUGCAGUCUUUUCUUUUCUCCUAAAUCACAAUACCUUUCAUCCUUCUCUUUGGACAGAUGACCUCUUGUCAUAGUUAGCAGAGAGGAGUGGGUAGGAUAUUCCUGGCAAGAGGAACUACAUGAAUAAUUUACCUGGAGCUAACCUGCAAACAAUAAAAAAGAAAGACCUUUACCUGUGAUCCUUGGCAAGGACUUGCCAAAUGCAGGAGCUAAGGUUUAUGGGAACAGAGAGAGAUAAGGUUGAAAGAGGUAGGUAAGACCUUAUUAGGGAUGGUCUUGAACCUCAAACUAAGGAAUUUGGACUUUGUGUCCUAUGGUUGUUGCGGGGGGAGGGGCAACUAGGCACAGAGUGUAAGACAGGGAUUCAAAUCCUGACUCUGCAAUGUACCAGUUCUGCGUCCUUAGGCAAAUGAAAUUUUGAGAUGCUAUUUCUGUUUACUUACUGUAAAACACGACAUUGCCUAUUCUAGCUUCUGUUUCAAAGGAUCGUUCUGAGGACUACAUAAGAGUCUGGAUUUUGAACCCAGGGCCAUUUGAAUUCUGACUUCAAAGCUGGCUUUCUCCACUAUACCACAUUUCCUUCAAUCUUUCGCUACGUGUUUUAUGUACAUUAGUUUUUUGUUUAUAACUAAACUUAAAGCUCACGUAGGUAGAGAUGUCUUUUGCUUCCCUUUACUAUUCAAAGAAUCUUCUGAAAUCACUCAGCAUUACAUAACCACUGAAAGUCUCACAAAGAAGACACGCCCCAAUUAUAGCGGUGGUUUCACCCACUGUGCUAUCCUAAUUAUAGUCCACAUAUAAAUAUCUGCAUAAAGGACACAUGAUUACUGCCUAAACUUACCAAGAAAUUCAAGAGCAUUAGACUAUUAGCUCUGACUUGAACUAAGCAGAAUAAACAAAGCAACCAUAAGUCAAAAGUCCUACUUCUAAAGAACUUUAUUUAUUCUGCUUAUUUCAAGACUUAGUUCAACAGACAUUUGAAAUACUUAUAUUUUGGCUUUCAAAAUGUACGAUAUAAUUGAUUUAAAAUAAGCCUAUAGAUUUCCAUGCAUGAGUAGACAGUUUUCUGGACACAUAUCUUAAACCCAAUUUACAUGAGUGAUUCACAACCCAUGGGUUUUGAACCUCUGCAAGGCUCUGGGGUUAUUACAAAGAAAUCUGUAUAAGCAUUACCUUCAGUCUGAAUAAACAGUAUCUCUUACAAGUAUGUAUAUACUAUAUUUCAACUGAAUUUGGAUACUGGUGUAACUAAUAAGACAAACUGAUCUAAAAGCAUUGCUGAAAUCAUAGCAGCUUUUUGUAAUGUAUACUAAAAACGCAGUUAUCAUUUUGUUGAGGGGGAGUCUAAUAAUUUUUGGACCUUAAAAAGGGUACCUCUUAUUAGAAAAAGCAUAGAACCACACCUACAUUACAUGAUUCAGACAUCUAAACGUCUUAGCUGAAAGAGGAAAGACAACAUACAGACUCCAUUUCUGUGGAUACCAUCUAAGUGCAACUUGGCAACAAAACAUAAAGCUUACGUGUAGACGAGCUUAAAGAGUUGAUUGCCUCUAAUUCCACUUGUCUGUGGCAGGUAUGAAACCAAAGCUUCAUAAUGUCCUUUGGAUCAGAGAAAGGCUCUAUUUUGACCCUGGAAAAUAUCUCAGCUGUACACAUUAUAUUCUAUGCAUUCUGUUUUAAAACCUUGAGUAGCCCUGUAGUUCCCAGCCUGAGUACUAAGAUGCUGACACCGCAAGCUAAGAUUCCCCUGACAAUGUGAUAUGUUUACCACGUCAAAUCUUUCCCAGAACUCCCUGCAUGAGAACUUAUACUGGGAUUCAUUUUAGAAACUCUCAAUAAGAGUACUCUACUCCCUGGUCCAACCAGGCCCCAAAAUCCUGUUGGUUUACUCUGGUAACAGCACUCUCAACUUUCCACUUCUCUACAAAGAGAGUUUUCCCCUAAUGUCCAACUAUCUAAUCACCAGUCCUGCUCCUUCUCUCUUAAAGUCUGUCUUCCUUCACAGAUGUCAGUGGCCUGCCUAGCUCAGCUCUAACAACCAACUGUGAAGUGCUUCCCUCCUGAUUAAUUUUUGUUAAGACUGAUCUAAUUAAUUUGUAUUCCUUGAGGAAACAGUACCUGGUAAUCAGAGAAAGAGAAAAUGAAGCAUGCAGAAGAUCAUGAGAGAAGUCAAUCUGGUAUCCCUAUUUAUCAAGAAAUUUUAACAAGUUCAAUAGUAAUUGUAUUUGAGUUCAAUUCUUUAACACAGAAGCACUACACGGAUGAACACCCUUUCCUCAUUUAUUCUCAACGCUGAGAAAUGACUGGGCUUUCACCUCCAGUGAAUUCCUUCAUCACAGGCCACAUAAGAGGGUUCCUGUCCAAGCCAAUGUAACAAAAAACUCAUGAAAACACAGGCCUACAGGCAUGUAAAAUGAGAGAAUCAGACUGUGAGGCUCUAGCCCUCCACUGUACCCAUGCUCACUCUACCUCAGUGCCCAAGAUAUUCUUUUUUCUUCCAAUGUGAAAUGUGCACGUUUGUGUAUGUAUGAGUUCCUGAUAUUCAAAAAUAUAUACCAGAAAGAUGUUUACCUGUGUUUUAUUGACUAUGCAAAGGCAUUCAACUGUGUGGAUAUUAACAAAUUAUGGACAACACUGCAAAGAAUGGGAAUUCCAG